CUACCCAAGGACCCGUUGCAAGAGUUGUCGGGGCGCGUUCGUUUGGUGGUGUUUAUGUUUGUGGUGUGGUGUGUUGUGAAAUGUGGUGGACUGAUGGUGACGGAGGGGUUUUGCUGGCACUGGUCUACAAGUUCCCUGCACAUGUGUGAUGAGGGGAGUAGGAAGUGGUCGUCUUCAGCAACAUAGGGUGACUGUGACGGGUGUAGUGCUGGUGUUGCAGGAGUGAGGCAACACAGUAAACUUGGCAGCUUCUUCCUGAUUUCUUCAACUGGUUCCUGAGCUCAUUGUUCACUUUGAAAUGAAUAAAAAGGAGUGGAAACCAAAGAUGGCAGCAAAUUUGCACUUCCAGCUAAAUCAGGGUACACGUCGAUUUUUGUUCUCUGGAAUAUCUUCAGAUUUUGAAAGUUCUCUUUGCCAGAAGAUUGAAAGGUUACAGGGCAGAGUUGUGUUUCCCACAACAAAUAUGUUCUCAUCACUGUGCACACAUGUUGUUGCCCAAGAGUUUUCACCCACUGAAAAGGUUUUGGGUGCUCUUGCUGGAGGAAAAUGGUUACUGACAGUCAAUUACAUCACAGAUAGCUUUGAGAAAGGUUACUGGCUUCAUGAAGAAGAUUAUGAAUACACCACUUUCAAUAAAGUUCCAGCAUACCAUCGUUGCAAUAGGGAGCUGAAGAAUAAAGGGCUGUAUGAAGGCUGGAAGGUCUUGGUGGUGAUGGAUUCUUCUAAGACCACAAGAACAUUUAAAAGGAUAUUGGCAGCAGGAGGAGCCGAAAUAGCAUCAAAGGAAGAUACCACAGAUGUUGAUUUUGUAAUAACAACAAAGGAUGUUGUGAAGUAUGCUCAAACCUUGGUGAGCUGCUUUGUGCCCCUGGUGGAUGUCACUUAUAUCAAGGAGACAAUACUGUUUAGGAGCGACCCUGCUGAUCUGAAGAGACGUAAUCUCCGUGACCUUGAAAUUGUUUGCAUAUCUGAUGCCACUUCCUCAAAUCAUUCAAAACCUGAUGGGAAGACUCAAGAAGGGUACUGUGCCUCAACCAGGAAACCUGCAAAUGAGACUACACCAUCCAAGAGAAAGCAGAAUUGCAUCAAAACAAAGCAAACAACUAUAACACAGUUUCUGGAAUCAACAGUAAAAGAACCUUCACUGAAGAAUAACACUUCUAAAGAGAAAGGAAGAGAAAGUGCUUCUCAGGGCAAAAAUCUUCCAAUUGCAACCACUGCUGCAAGCUUCACUCACUGUGAUUCUGUGCCAAGGCCUCCACCAAUGCAGGGUGCAAAGGACACACUGAAGAUUACCAAGACAAGGAGAAUGCAGGAAUCAGAGACGAUGCAAGAUGUAGAGGAUGAGCCACAGACCACUGAGUUAAGGAGAGUGCAGCAAACAGAACCAAUGCAGGAUGUAGAGGAUGAACCACAGACCAAAAGCAUAAGUAUAAUUGAGCCUGUGAAUGUUAAACCUUUGUCAUUUGUAGUAGGAGAUCACCAGUAUAGUUUGAAGCAAUGUUCUGUUGUCCUAAAGAGAAUGUUAAAUGAACAUUAUCCUUUGCUUAAGGAAGAUACAAUUUCAGAUGUGAUGAAAUUAAAGCAUUCACCAAGAAAAUCUAAAAAAAUGGAACAUUGGCUUACAAACCAUGUCUUAACAAAAGAGAGUGAAGCAGUGCAACUCACAUCAUCCAUGUGCACUACAGUCUUGUCUCCUGAGAUCAAGAGAAAAGUGUCAUGUGAGAGUAGGUCAGCCUUCUUCCCAGAACUCCGUGAACAAGGAGUGCCAUCAUUUACUAUGACAAAAUCUCAAGCCAAAAAGCAAUUCUUGAACUUCAUAAGAUCAAGAGAAUGCUUGAAUGAAGUCUGUUGUACAGAUUUGUGCUUAAUUCCAAUAGAAAAUACUGAAAGUAAAUCUUACAUGAGAGAGACUAUUACUCAGCAAGAUUUAGUGACUCAGAAUGAGCCUAGAGAAAUGACAAGAAUGGAAAUGAAUGCUUAUACAAGUUUUGUUUCACCUGAAUUACGAUACCAAGAACUUUAUAUUCAUGGGUUAGACUUAUUGUUGAAUCAAGUUUCUUGUUGGCUGUAUCCUCCACCUGCCAUCAUGGGACACCUUCUGAGGGACAUGAUUCUGGAGACACAAAGCCGUAUUGUCCACUCCAGAGCACUUAGAGUGGCAUACAGGGUCCUGAGUUUGCAUCGUCCUACCACUACAAAAAUGCGAAAGUAUUACUUGUCUAUAUUAGAAAAGGCAAUGCAGAAGGCUUCUGAAGACUACACUGCAUGGGCAUUUAUACAACGGGUUAUUCACUUCGCUUUGGAGGACGAUGAUGAGACUGCAUCAGAUUCAGACACACACAGUAAGGAUGGCAUUGAUGAAGCUAAAAAGGCACUUAGUCUUCUUGAGUUCCUUAUCACCCUCAUCACAGAAGAUAUAAAAAAUUCUCCAUAUGGAAAAGCAGUACAGGAACUUCUUACCUGGGAUAUAUUCUGGGGCCCCUCAAAAGCCUAUAAUGUAGUGCCACCCCCUGUGAAGAAACUCAUUCAACUAUGGAUGUCCCAUGAGACCUCUUUUGUUCUCAGGAUGGCUCUUUCUCGCCUUGUCACCUUAGUGCUGGAGUUGCUGUGGAAGUUGAGUGGUCAUCCCCUUGUCCCAGUGUUUGCACUCCCAGACACUCUUGCUGCCAUGGAAAUAGAAAUUCAGGUUUGCUGUAAAGGUGUGAGUUUUGAGAAGAGAGUGGAGAUGGUAAGGAGCCUGCCCAACCCUUGGGCCCAGUGCAUAGUGUCAUUCAUCAUCCUCCAGGAAGCUCUUCAGUGUCCCAGGAGGUUAACAUUAGCAAGUUUGGUGGAUUUGUUCAAUUCUACAAGCAAUAACAUGAAUAGUGCAACAUGCAAUGCUGAAUUUGCACAAGAGGGUUGCAUAUCCAGGAUUUCUCCCACCAAGGAGGACCAACAAAAUUAUCACAGAGAGCUCCUGGUGACUCUGGCUAACUGCUACCUGGAAGUUGCAGGCCACAGAUAUUUUCAUAACAGCAUCACAGAAAGUGUUAGAAAAAAGUUACAAAGGGUAAAACCUGAAAACAAAACAGAUAAAGAUAAUGAUGGACAGGCUGUUGAUACAGAAAGUAAAGGAACACAGAAGCAGUAUUUAACUCUAACUGAAAAUGAAAGCUUGGAAAGUGCAAGUGAUCUGGAACAAAAUGCCAUUGUGGAUAUGUAUGAAAGUAUCCGGAGGGACAAGGAAGUGAGCAAAAAGUUGCAGUUGCAAAACAGUGGCCCACUCAAGGAAGUAGAUGUAGAGCUUUUAUUUAGAACUUUGUGCUUGUAUUGAACAGUUCCAAUCAUUUAAUAUGUCAAGGCUUUGUAGGACACCACAGUCUUAAUGGUUUGUCACUUCUCAUUAUAUAUGCAUCAUCUGCAAACAUAAUUGGUGCCAGCAUACAUUUUUGAAGAAUCCACUUUUACUUUUUUCCAGAUUGAUUUAUUAUUUAGUAUUAUUCUUAUUUUCCCAUUACAUAUGAAAUCUUCCAUCCACUUUAAAAUCAUUCCUUCAAUUGUUCCUACAUAUUUUGUGUGUGUGUGUGUGUGUGUGUGUGUGUGUGUGUGUGUGUGUGUGUGUGUUUACCUAUAGUCUGUCCGUUUUGAUUAUCUCAGAGCAAAACGUGUGUUCGGUUGGCAGCCCUGCCUCACCUCUGCUCUCGCUCAGCCCCGCUGAGAUGCUGAUUGUGUCGUUACUGAGUAAAAUGAAUAAAUAUAAAUGUUUGUGUCAUUACUGAGUAAAGUGAAUAAAUAUAAAUGUUUGUUAAUGAAUCUGCGUCUCAGUGGGGCUGAGCGAGAGCAGAAGUGAGGCAGGGCUGCCAACUGAACACACGGUUUGCUCUGAGAUAAUCAGAACGGACAGACUAAAGUUGUAGUUUUACAGGGCCUGGGCUUUACAUUUAUCCAUCUUUUCUUUAAAACUAUGCACACUCUUUGCUGACACCACUUCUUCACUCAAACUGUUCCACGUCUCAACACAUCUUUGCGGGAAAC